AUGGAUCUGGAGAAGUUCUGCCGAGAAGACCAUGCCUUCUACAAGGUCAUAACUGGCGAUUUCAACGCCAACGUUGGCCCAAGAAGAACGCCGAAGGAACUUCACAUCGGGACCCAUGGCCUACAAUGGAAUGACCAGGGGGAGAGGCUCUCCGAGUUCAUCAUGACGACUAAGACCAUCCAGGACCACAUCAUCGUCAGUAAUAGGUUUUUCCAGGGAGAUGUCGCUGUUGUACCAAAGUUCUAUACGGGAUCGGACUAUCGCCUCCUCCGAGGAAGAUCUUCCUUCACAAGGAGAGCAGAGAAAGCCGCCAAGUUCAGAGAGAGAAAUCCCAGGACUACCAUCAACUGGGAUCUCUUCGCUACGCUAGCCGGCUUUUGGGAAGAUUCCGCAAUGGACAACAUCGAUAAGGAAUAUGACGAGCUCGCUGAAUACCUUCACGACUGCGCGAAGAAGACUGAGAGUUUUAAAACAACCAAGAGACGCCUGUCUCUUAAAACUCUUGAGCUGAUACGCCAGCGUGGAGCAGCACCAGCCGCAGGGAACCAAGAACUCACGUCCGAGCUCGCAAGGCUUUGCAGAGAGGCGAUAAAGGAAGACCUUAAAGAGAGAAGAGCAGAAGUGCUGGCUGAAGCUGCAGAGGCGGGGCAGAGCAUCCGCUAUGCCCGUCGAGACUUCGCCAGUCGCAGAACGAAGAAUGACUGCUCUCCGGAACCCAAAGGGAACAGUCAUUGCAUCGAGAAGGGGGAUGGAGAAAAUCAUCUACGAUUUCUACUGUCAUCUCUUCGACAGCCAUGUCCACUUAUCUCCUCACCAUCUGAGGGAAGAUGGACAAGUCAUUCCAGAGGUUCUCCCGUUCGAAAUACGACAUGCUAUCAUGUCGGUAAGAAAUCGUACGGCACCCGGUCCCGACAGAAUAAGACCAGAACACCUUCCGCCAGUACUCAUCAACACCCUGGCGAGGCUCAUGCAAGGUUCCUAAACAGUGGAAGACCAGCAAGACCGUGUUGUUGUAUAAAAAGGGAGAUCCACAUGACAUCGGCAACUAUCGUCCAAUCUGCCUACCGACAGCCAUGUGAGCAAGCAGGGUUUCGAAAAGGAUUCAGCACGAUUGACCACAUUCACACAGUUUCGAAACUCAUCGAGGUAUCACGAGAGUACAAGAUGCCGUUCUGUCUCACCUUCAUCGACUUGAAGAAGGCCUUCGACUCAGUUGACUCCGUACUCACCUUCUACAAAAUAAUUACAAUACAAGAUACAAUUCCAUCCAAAAUAUUCACAGCCACCCUCGAGAACGCAAUGCGAAAGUUGGAAUGGGACUACAUGGGAGUGAAGGUUGAUGGUCGGCAGCUACACCAUUUGCGCUUUGCUGAUGACAUCGUACUGAUAACACCUAGCAUCAGCUAA